UCAUUUAAAUACAGUGCUUUUACCUAGUUGGACAUGUUGCUGGUGCUAUUGUUUUAUAUAUGCGCAUGUUCUGCCGAUCAGGAGUAUGACUAUAGUUCGGCUGUGGAAUCCCUGGUGGAACUGAUACCGUUACAGCGCUACUAUUACGGGAAUUUGUCUGCGUUUGCGGACAAAAUGGAGGCAAAAUUGAGCACAAUUCGGCGUGCACUCUCCGAAAUGCGCCCUGUGCUGGAGGCAGCCGAGACCCAGCAGGAGCUCUUUGUGGGCAAUCCGCUGCGCGCUUAUUCCCUUCUCAGGCAGCUGCACCACGACUUGACCAAUUGGUUGGAUUUUGUGGAGGAACCAAUUGGUGCGGAGGAGAUAAAACACUUUCGCUCGUUGGAACUGAUGCUGCCCAACCAGACGGACAUGGCCAAUGCGGUCAUUGGGCUGGAACAGAUCCGGGAUAUGUAUGGGCAGACGGAGCUGGAUUUGGCCUCUGGGCUGCUCCAUGGACAGCAGCAUAACGUCCAGCUGUCGGCUAUGGACUGCUGGAGCCUGGGCAGACACUACUUCCACCGUAAGCGCUAUGUGGAAGCGACUGUUUGGUUGGGGCUGGCCGCGGAUCGCUACAAUGUCAGCGAGGAGGAUGUAUACGCCGUUCAGGGCUUCCAUCGCGUAGAGUUGUGUCAACUGCAGGCGGCAUCACUGAUGCGACAGAAUCGCAACGAGGACGCCUUGGCUGUCAUUAACGCAGCUCUGGAAGUUCUUCCUUGGGACAUGCGUUUGCAGAGCCUGCAUUCACGACUGCAAAAUCGCUGGCUGGUGCGGCCACGCCUGGAGUUCGCCGAGGAACCGCUGCCACCCGCCGACGAUGUGCAGCGUGGCUGUCGCGGGCAAUAUCCAUCGAAAACGAAGCUCCACUGCCGCUACAGUUGGACGCCAUCCUAUGAACGCUUGAAGAUGGAGGAGCUAACGCUGGAUCCCUACAUUGCGCUCUACCAUGACGUGGUGUCCGCCAAAGAGAUGACGAUGCUGCAGAACUACGGACGGAUGAAUCUCACGCAGGAUGCACAGAGGCUGUUGGCCAAACACUGUCCCCUGCCCGAGUCCAUACCGCUGGUGCAGGGUCUACACACGCGGCUGGAACACAUGACUGGAUUGCGUCUAAGCAACUCCGAGGGUUGGCUAAUCACCAACUACGGAAUUGGAGGCUUCUUUGGGCUGCACAAGGACUACUUUGAUGAGAUCGAAGAGGCAUUGAGGGGCGACAAUCGCUUGGUUACCAUUCAGAUAUAUCUGAGCAACGUGUCCCAAGGCGGCUACACAGUGUUCCCCCAUGUGGAGGUGGCCGUGAAGCCACAGGCAGGCGCCGCUUUGGUUUUCUACAAUCUGCUGGACUCUCUGGUGGGAGAUUCGCGCAGCCAGCACUAUGCCUGUCCCGUCAUUGAUGGCGACAAGUGGAUAGCCACCAAGUGGCUCUCAGCAAAGGAGCAGCUCGUCAGCAAGAGCAGGAAAUGACAGCUGUAGUUUGCAUGCAUAAACGAUGCUCCUUAGGAGCCGUAAAUAAUUGAA